GGAAGAGACAGAGGUGGCUGAUUACAGCAGUAUGAGUGUGCUGUAUGCUGUAUGGGUGUGGAUGGGUGGAGUCCGGCCUGCCUGCCACCUAUUUAACAGCUUCUGUCUCUGAGGGACCAUCACAGUCAUGGCUAAGCCAGGGAUUCAGAUGUGGACUCUUCUUGCCUUGCUUUUCCCGGCGGUUGUGGGUCAAGCCUCAGCUACUAAUAGCCGCACCUGUCCAAUACAUUAUCUAGUGAGCGUUCCGAGCAUUCUUGAAUCUGGAUCAAAGCGCAGCUUCUGUGUGAGCCUGUCGCCGCCAAGGAGCCCUGUGUACAUGGAGGUCAGUCUGAACAGCGAGCACAGCAGGAAGACCCUACUGAGAAAAAGAACCAGCAAUGGGUUCCAUAAAUGCAUCUUGUUUCGGGUCCCUGUUGUGCGAGCAGACGAGGUGCAGGUGUUUGAGGUGCAGGUGAAAAGCCAGAAUUUUUAUUCCAGAGAAUUCAAGAAAGUGUUGAUCAAGGUUUUCCAACCGAAGACAUUCAUCCAGACGGAUAAACCAAUCUACAACCCAGGACAGUCAGUGGUAUUCAGAGUGGUCACACUGGACACGAAACUGGAACCGCUCUAUGAGACUUAUGACAGUAUUGUGAUCAAGGAUCCGUACAACAGCAGGAUUGCACAGUGGACAAAUCAGGGCGCCGAAGGGAGCAUUUUGCAGCUGUCUUAUCUGUUGGGUGACGAGGCCCCUAAUGGCUUCUACAGAAUUACUGCUCAAACAGGUGAAAGAAAAGCAUUUCACAGCUUCAAGGUCCAGAAAUAUGGUUUGCCCAAAUUUGACAUUGUAGUUACCAUUACAAAAGAAAUAAGCGUUAGACAGGAGACCUUUGAAGUUAAAGUAUGUGCAAAGUACCCCUAUGGAAAGCCUGUGGAUGGGGAUAUUACGUUGAGGGUCUGCAGGCCUCUGAAGAACCAGAACUCCUGUAGUGCUGCCGUCAUCCAUAAAGAUGACCGCAGCGUAACCUCUCUUUGCAGGACAAGACAAAAGCAGCCAUGCAACAAAGGGUGUGCCACCUUCGUCUUUAAAGUGUCAAGUUUCACCAGACCUGACCCGAGGCCACUGCUGGACGUGCUGGAUGUCAGUGCCACAGUGGUGGAAAGGUUGACCUGUGUUUCCCACACACAGUGGGAGAGGAUGAAGGUAACCUACCUCAUCGGUAGGUUGUUUUUCCAAAACGUCCAUAAGACCUACACCCAAGGAAAAAAUCUGGUUGGAGAAAUUAAAGCUGUCAACUACAUCGGUCAACACGCCCCAAACCUGACAGUCUACGUGUUCGCGGGUAAAAAGGACUCCCCGUACAUCGUGGACACUGUCACCACAGAUCAUCUGGGCAUUGCCAGUUUUUCUCUGAACACAAGAAGAUUCAGAGGGAAGAUCCAUCUCUAUGCAAGCAGCACAGACAACCUGGAUCCCCCCGAAUAUAAAGUUCCUUACUAUGAGAUUGGAAAGUUCCAAGUGCAUGAGUCCGGGCCUGGUCUCGCCACGCGUGGGUUUCUCAAGGUUGUCCCAUCUCCUAGACCACUCCGCUGCUACCAUGUAGAAGAGAUCACCGUUGAGUACAGUUUAGAGCCACGAAAUCCGGGCCCUGUGGACAUAGUACUUCUGGUCUUAUCCAGAGGACGCAUCGUACUACUAGGACAUAACAGCAUUCAUCUGUACUCCUCAAAAAACAAGGGCAAAUUGUCCUUCAGUGUUGAAGUGAGGUCAGACUUUGCGCCUCAAAUUCAAGUUGUGGUGUACACCGUUCUCGACUGUGAGAGAGUGCUCGCCCACAGCGCACUGUUUCACACCCAGGACUGCUUCAGGAAUCCGGUGUCUUCAAAGUUUUCACCAUCUCCGGUGACCCCUGGUGAGGACGUCAAAUUAUGCAUUAAGGCCCGGCCGGAUUCAGUGUGUGGCGUGAGCCUCAUCGAUCUUAAUGUCCUCGUAAGGUCGGAUGAUAGGAAUCUGAACGCAGAUCAGAUAUAUGGCUAUCUGCCAAUGAAGAAAUCCUACCCUAUUCCCCCUGAGCUUCGGGAAGCAGCAGAGUGUGUGAAGGUGAAACCGAGGACCAGUGUUUUUGCUUUCACCAACCAAGAGAGAGAAGAUGCCAACACGGUUUUCAGUUAUCAAGGACUGCACCUGCUAACAAACUUGGUCGUCCAAAACCCCACAUGCCUCAAAAUGGGAGGGAAAAAAUAUUAUGAAGCGGUCUUUACAAAAAACAACCCACCCCGUGGUCCAGAGAGAAAGGCUUUGGAUGGGACACGUAUUCCUGAUCCUGGAAGUAUUCCUUAUACCUGCCAUGAACAGCUGGAGCCCGUGCACAAGCUUUCCACCGAGACCUGGCUUUUUGACCUGGUGAAAGUCGGAGAGCAGGGGAAAACCUGCGUGCCCUACACCGUCCCAGAGGUCAUCACCACCUGGAAUGCAGAGGUCUUUUGUGUUUCACCACACGGGUUUGGUUUGGCCCGUCCUGUAUUACUCACUGUCUACAGGCCUUUCUUGCUGGACUUCAAGCUUCCUGACUACUUGAUCCUGGGUGAAAGCGUUGAACUGAAGUUGGUCAUCUAUAACAACCUACCCACCUCCCUCAAGAUCAAAAUCACUACAGCCGCAUCAUCGCGUUACACUCUUACGCCCGUGUCUACUGACCAGUGUUUAUUUUGCCUGUGUGGCGGCGAGCACAAGAUCAUCCGCUGGUUUUUGACUCCAACGUCUUUAGGGGAAGUGGACGUCAGCCUGAAGGCAGAGGCUGUGUCCUCUACAACGGCUUGUUGCAAUCAAGAUGUGAGGGUGCCAGAAAAGGGCCAACGUAUCGUUGUGACACGAACUCUCAAAGUAAAGGCUAUGGGACAUGAGAUAAUAAAGACAUACAGCUGGCUGCUCUGUCCAAAAGGAGGCUAUUUGAGUGAAAAAAUCGAGCCACAAAUCCCCCAAAAGGUGAUUGGUGGAACCCUGAAAGCUACGGUCUCAGUUUCAGGUGACUUUCUCAGCCGGAGUCUGAGGAACCUGGGUGAUCUGCUGCACCUGCCGUAUGGUGGUGGGGAGCAGAACAUAGCAUUCAUGGCGAUCAACACGUACAUCCUGCAUUAUCUCCGAAAGACUAACCAGCUGUGCCAAGAAACUGAGAAAAGGGGGCUCAACUACCUGAAUAUUGGCUACCAGCGCCAGCUGACCUACAAAGACAAGACAUGUGCAUUUAUCACAUUUGAUUCAGGAGAGGUGAACACAUGGCUCACUGCCUUUGUGAUGGUAACCUUUUACAAAGCUCAGAGCUUCAUCUACGUUGAUCCGAAGAUCAUUGAAGAGGCUCGGAAGUGGCUGGAAUGCCAGCAGCUUGACGAUGGCUGUUUCAAAAUGACUGGAAAACUCUACAACAACAAAAUGAGGGGUGAUGUGCCUGACGCAGUGACACUCAGUGCUUAUGUCACAGCUGCCUUGCUUGAAACCAACAUACCUGCAAAUAAUCCUGUGGUGAAGAAGAGUUUGGAGUGCCUGAAGAAGUACAUCCAUGGUUACAGCAACACCUACACUACAGCUCUGCUAGCAUAUGUCUUCACACUGGCACAAGACUGGGACGUUCGCAGUAAGCUUCUGCUCUACCUCGACUCAGUUGCAAUAAGGGAGGGAGAUCUUCAGCACUGGUGUCCGUCGUCAAACAAAAAGGCCUCUCCUGUAUGUGUGGAGAUCAGUGCAUACGUGCUACUGGCCAGAUUCACUGGCUCUGUCUCUGAAGAAAACCUGUCCUGCUCCUCUAGCAUCAUCAGGUGGCUGGUUAAGCAGCAGUCCCACUACGGUGGCUUCUAUUCCACUCAGGACACGACGGUGGCUAUCAAAGCUAUGACCCUCUACAGCACUACAGUGAUGAACCGAGGAGGUACCACCUCAGUGACAGUGACUUCCCCCAUUGACCACCUGUCAUUCCAAGUGACUCAACAGAACAAGUUGGUCUAUCAGGAGCUAAUACUGCAAGAUCUGAAAGGAGGGUACUGGCUGAAGGCUGAGGGCACUUCAUGCACUGCAGUACAGGUGGCUUUCCUUUACAACGUCCCAGCUUCAGCUGUUGUCAGCAGUUUCAGCAUGGAAGUCGAUGUAUUGAUCCACAGCUGUUGCAACGAACGCUUAGUCACGCUCAAGUUCAAGUCCUUAUACAUGGGACACCGUAGCUAUACCAACAUGGUGGUCCUGGAUAUUGAAAUACCCUCCGGAUUUGCUCCUCUCCCAGAGUCUUUAUGGAAUCUAAAGAAGGGAGCCCUGGUGAGCAACGUUGAAUACAAGAACGGCCAUGUUUAUGCGUACCUACGAGAGUUACACAAGGAUAUUGCUGUGUUCCACGAGUUGGAACUAAUUCAGGAGUAUGAGGUGCAGCAACUGAAGCAAUCUACGGCAUCCAUCUACGAUUACUACUAUCCAAGUGACAAGGGGGUGACAGAAUACUGCGGAAAGUACUGCAACAACAGAAUAAAUUCACAUACACAUGACCACUACCACCUCGACCACAAGAGCCACCAUCAUGAGCACCUCAACCAAAAGAGGUACCAUCACGAGCACCUCGACCAAAAGAGGCACCAUCACGAGCACCUCGACCAAAAGAGGCACCAUCACGACCACCUCGACCACAAGAGCCACCAUCACAACCACUUCGACCACAAGAGCCACCAUCCCGACCACAAGAGCCACCAUGACCACCAUCCCGACCACAAGAGCCACCAUGACCACCAUCCCGACCACAAGAGCCACCAUCACGAGGACCUCGACCACAAGAGCCACCAUCACGACCACCUCGACCACAAGAGCCACCAUGACCACCAUCCGACCACAAGAGCCACCAUGACCACCAUCCCGACCACAAGAGCCACCAUGACCACCACCAUGACCACAAGAGCCACCAUCACGACCACCUCGACCACAAGAGCCACCAUCACGACCACAAGAGCCACCAUCCCGACCACAAGAGCCACCAUGACCACCACCAUGACCACAAGAGCCACACCAUGA